AUGGAGAAAAGAAUGAAGCUCGGGGUUUCAAGGCUAGUCCGGUCAUCUCUAAGCUCUUGCCGACCACGAGAGCUAUACGACGUCGUCGAGACAUGUACGUUCACAAGUCGCACGACUUGUUCAGAGCUUACCAAGACAGCUAAAACCAAAACUCCACGUCAACAACACACUCCUUCGUCGUCACCGAUCUUCCCUCCAAACCCAUUCUACGAAGGAAGUCGAUCUUUUCGAAAGACUAAGACAAAGAGCAAGAAGAUACGGUCCAAGUUUGGUUCUGAUUCACUCGUUACCUCUCGUUUUAAGUCAAGUGGGUCUUGGUGUUGGUCUUGUAGCGAAGAAGAUGAACAAGAAAGUGAUGAUAGAGAUACACUCUUUUCUUCUAGAAGCUUCUCAUCGGAGUCUUCGGAGAGUUUUGCGGUGGUGAAGAAGUCAGAAGAUCCUUAUGAGGAUUUUAGGUUGUCGAUGGUGGAGAUGAUUCUUGAGAGACAGAUAUUUGGAGCGGUUCAGUUACAAGAGCUUCUACAGUGUUUUCUUGCGUUGAACUCUCGUCAACAUCACAGUGUUAUUGUCCAAGUUUUCUUAGAAAUUUAUGCCACCUUGUUCUCUCCCUAG